UGUAGAAAUGUUAGUAACGCUUCCUCUGGACGCUCUGUGUUUUACGGCUGGAUAUUUUGAGAUUUUUGGUUGUCUUUUUUUUAAAAAAAAAACAAAAACAUUUUCGGAUGUUGACAUGUUCCGAAAGUGUCGCAUAACUGUUGGUCGUGUUAGCGAAAUCACACGCCAACUUGUACGCCAGAGAGCGGACUUCUCUGCACUUUAUUGAGCUAGCUCGCUAGAUAGCGCGUUAGCAUCACCGGGCUUACGAAGCCUACAUAUCACGACAGAGGCGCUUCAUACCUCCCCAUUUCUUUAUUUUGCACCGUAGAUAUAACAUCAUAAUAGUUGAAGACCAACCUAUGCCACUGUACUUGAAUAAUUGCAUAUUUACGUCGAUAUAAAUGUUUUUCCUCUUGUAAGGGAGUAACAGUAUUUGGUAGUGUCUAGUGAGAUCGUUCGUGUUUUCUGAUCUUUUACUAAAUGCAGUAGGGAGGCGUGCGACUGUUUGGCUAUUAGUGAGUGUUAAGAGUUUCCAUCCAGACUCCCUGACGUCGGGCUGUCUCGACUCCCAACACACCUGACCUAGUUGUUUUGUGCGUGGUGGGUUUUCUUGCCCAUUUUUCUGUUGACACGCUGGACACUUGAAGUUGAGCUUCUCCGCGCUCAGGUCCCAGUCAGACCAGCCAGCCCCUCGGAUCUGCCAGUGGCGUUACGGGUACCUUUUAGUGGGUGAAGAGGCGCGUGAAAAUUGCCUUUCUGCGUCACUUUUCGCCAUGCAACGAUUGUUCAAGCGCUGCCAAAGCCCAAGUUGUAACUACAAAGCUGAGGGAAGCUAAGCAUCACAGGAAGAGAAACGUUUGAUGGAAGAAAAGAAAAAGAAAAGGCAAGAAGACAAAGCAAAGAAGGACACUGCCCAGAAAAAGGUUGCUGAACAACAAAAAGCCAAAGUGCCAGACUCUGCCAGGGCCCCUCCCCCGUCAGCCCCGUCUCCUCCACACGCCACCAGCAGCAGCAGCGAUGGCCGCCGCAGUCCCCCCAGCCCCCAACAGGCCCUGCAGUGUCCCCCGCGCUACCCGCCCAGAGAGGUCCCCCCGCGCUUCAGGCACCACGAGCAUAGGCAGCUGCUGAGGAGGGGGCAGCCCCCGCCCCCCACCGCUCUCAGCCAGAGCACCGGUGCUGGGUCCCCACCAAGAACACCCACCAGCGAGCACCUCGCAGUGCUGCCCCAUCAACGUGACCUGGGAGCCAAGCAUGAGAAUUCCCUUUGGAUCGUCCCAACCAGCAGGAAUCAAGUGAUUACUGAGGAAAACAACACUGAAACUUGGCCUUCCUUUUCCUAUAGCAACAGUCAACAGGCAUUAGAAUGUACCUUGGACACUGACACGUCAGAGCUUGUUAGUAGCAGCAUGAGUAUGGCUACAGGAGCUAGCCAACAAGGUCACUACCAGAUCAACAAAACAAGCAUUAACCAUUCCUCAACUAUGGUUUCCAGUCAGGGUGGCCCCAACAGGGGCUGGGCUUCUGAGAGCAAAACUGAUUUGUCCAUGGCCAGCAGGAGCCACUCCAGUUGGGGAACUUCUAAUCUCAACCUGAACCCCAGUGCUAACCCUGCUGCAUGGCCUGUACUAGGGCAUGAGGCUCCAGGAGUGGGGUCAGGGCCUGGUGUUAUGGGUGGGUCUAGUUCACUCCCAUCCAACAUGUGUGGCCCAGGAGGUGUUGCACCAGUUCACAGCACCAAUGGAAAUGGCAAUAUUGGGUGUGCCAAUGGAAACCUUGUAGGGGAUUGUGCUUGGGGAACCCCGGACACCCCAGAGCAGCACCAGUCCCCAACGAACAUGUCUUUCAGCAUGGAUCCCCCUAACCUUAAAACUGAUGGACCGAACACUAAAGCUGAGCCAAUGAGCCCUGCACACAGCUGGGGGGGAACCCUGAGUCAAUCUCCCACUGAGCAAGCAGGUGGUGAUGGAACUUCCCUGUGGAGUGGUGGAGACAUGAAGGGUGGAGUAUCUAAAGACUCAGGCUGGGAUUCUGGUGGUAUGUCCUCUUGGGGACCAGGAGGAGGAGGUGCAGGCUGGGGUAACUGGAGCAAGCAGUCAAGCUCUGAAGGUAUUGGGUGGGAUGGCAAUGAUGGUGCAGCUCGGGAGCCAAUGAGCUCCUGGGGUAAUGAUGCUCCGGCCAGUGACAGUAGCAGGGACAGCAGCGAGGGCCUCUCACGGAGGAGAGAGAGUUCCUCAAGUGUGGAAUUCCCUCUACUACCAAGACAGGACUUGGACCCUCGUGUUCUCUGCAACUCUGGCUGGGGUCAAACCCCAGUCCGUCAGCACACAGUAUGGGAAAUGGAUGAAAAUCCUGACAUUAAGGAUGACGGUGGUACUGAAGCCUGGGGUUCUUCAUGCAAUGCACCUUUAACCGGACCUGCACCUCCUCCUCAGGGUUGUGCCAAUCCCAGCUUAAGUGCAUCUCCCAGGAUGGAUUCUGGGAGCAAGAGUGAGACACCGUCUAGAACUAUGUCAGCCCCAGGCUGGGCAGGAUCAGUGCCACCAACCAGUCAGCCCAGUACUGGAUGGGGAGAGCCAACUGCUAAUAAGAAGGUGCCCAAUGGAUCAGUUGGUAGUUGGGGCGAGCCGAUGCCAGAUGGCCCCAGCACCAAUGGUUCUAGUGGCCAGUCAUGGGGUUCAGAGGACAAAUCCCCAAGCUGGGAUGAUGGUUCCAUCCAAGCCAAGUCACAGGGUUGGGGAGAUGGGCCCAGCACUUCCUCUGGUUGGGGAAGUAGUGGGAGUGGAAAUAGUGGAGAGUGGGGAGAGACUUCAGAUGGAAGGAAGAGUGGCUCUGGUAGCUCAUCAUGGGAUGGAGAAGGAGGGAACUGGAAGGAGCCACAGAAGGGCUGGGGCAAAGCUGCACCAGCGGCAGGUGGAGGAACCUGGGGAGACUCCCAACACUCCAAUGGCACAUUGCAAGGUUGGGGUGCCAAACCACAAGAAUCCUCCAGUGGCAACAGUGAUGUUGGAAGUAUGGGCUCCUGGGGUGGCCCAAGCUCAGUAAAACAGGGAGGCUCUGCCUGGGGGUCUGUUGCUAGGCCAGAUCCAGGAGAGGAGGCCACAGGGUGGGAGGAGCCUUCACCUUCCUCUAUAAGACGCAAAAUGGAGAUUGAUGAUGGAACGUCCACCUGGGGAGAUCCUAAUGCCUACCGAACUUGUGUCAACAUGUGGGACAGGAAUAACCCUGCCUCACACAACAACCCAGGCACCAGCAACAACGGCAGCAGCAACAACCACCACACAGGGCCUAGCAACAACAAUCACCACCACAGUCACCAUGGCCAGGGUCCGAGUCAGAACCACUCCAAUGUAAACAAUAAUGGUUCACCCAACCAGCUGGGACCUCCACACAACAGAAUACCCAUGGUGAACCCAGGCUGGGGAGAGCUGCCCAGUGUGCAGCCCAAGUCGGAGUCUUCGACCUGGGGAGAGCCCACCUCCUCCAGCCCGCCGGUGGACAACGGCACUGCCGCCUGGGGCAAGCCAGCCCGAGGCAUUGGGGGCUGGCCAGAGAGUCACGAGCCGUCUGCCGCCUACGGCAGGAGCAGCGCACCUACGGGCUCAGGUUCCUGCAAGCCAGGUCCCAAAUCUAUGCAAGAUGGCUGGGGGUCAGGAGGGGAGGAGAUGAGCAUGAGCAGCAGCCAAUGGGAUGCUGAGGACGGAGACAUGUGGACCAGCCCCACCUCCCAGGACAGCGGUUCUUCCUGUACAUCCUGGAACCAGUCCAAGAAGGGAAUACAGAAGGGGAAGGUGUCCACCAAACAGGACGAAGUCUGGAUCAUGAAUCGACUUAUCAAACAGCUAACAGACAUGGGUUUCCCUAGGGAUCCUGCGGAGGAGGCACUGAGGAGUAACAACAUGAACUUGGACCAGGCUAUGAGUGCACUACUGGAGAAGAAGAGUGAGGGGGACAGACGGGGCAUGGGCGUGGCCGACUACAGCAGCGGCCUGAACAAGCCUUUGGUGGGACGUCCUCCGAGCCUGUCCAAAGACUCCGCCCUGGACCGAGCCUCCUUCCUGGACAAGGAUGGCGGGUUGUCAGACGACACACCAACCUCACCGUUUAUGCCUUCUCCCGCCCACAAGCUCCCGCUGACAAAUAGCAGCCUUCCCAGCCACGGACUGGGAGGAAUCUCCUCGGCUCUGGCCAUGCAAAACUUGAACAACAGACAGAUGAAUGGAAUGUUCGGCAGCAAUGGAGCAGCACAAGCACGGGCUCUGCAGCAGCAGGUCCCGCCCCCUCAGCCGCCAGUGCCGCCUCUUAGCUCCGCCCAGCCUACUCUACGUGCUCAAGUGCCUCAGUUUCUCUCCCCUCAGGUUCAAGCACAGCUCUUGCAGUUUGCAGCAAAAAACAUUGGUCUGAGUCCUGCACUUUUAAGCUCACCUAUAAACCCUCAACAAAUGACUCUGCUGUACCAGCUCCAGCAGCUACAGAUGGCUUACCAGCGUUUGCAGAUUCAGCAGCAGAUGAUGCAGGCUCAGCGAAAUGUUUCUGGUCCCAUUAGACAACAGGAGCAGCAAGUUGCGCGCACAAUCAGUAACAUGCAGCAGCAGAUACAGCAGCACCAGAGGCAGCUGGCCCAGGCCUUGCUUAUGAAGCAGCAUCAGGCCUCACCUGCCUCCUCCCACACUGGCUUGCACGCCAGCCAUAGCAAGCCCAACCUGGACAUGUUUCCAGUACACCCCCAGGCUUCAGGCCUCUCCAUCUCUGACCUGCAGAAUAAAGAGCCACAGACUCCCCACAGUUCCUUUGGCCCAUACCCCCUCUCUGGCAUGAAUGGGAAUGUGGCUGUAGGCUGUAUGGAGGUGGGAGGCGUGGCCCUAAAGGAAGCCCCGCCCCAGCCCCAGUCUCGCUUGUCCCAGUGGACCCACGCCGGCGGUGUGGAUGCUCUCAGUACUUCCAGCCCUCACAUGGAGAACAGCCUGAGUAAACACAGUAGGACCGCAGCUCGGCCACACCGUAAUAAUACAAGUACUGCUUCCUCCACCCAUGUGGGUGAUGGAAAGGUGAUUGAAGACUCUUUCAGCCCUUAUAGCCUACUGUCCAGCUCACAAUCUCCCAGCAGCCCCAUGGUGGCACCAGAGAGCUGGGCCCAGGGCAAGAGCCCCAGUGAGAAGAUAUCCAAUGGGACAAGCAUCAGCUGGCCUCCAGAGUUCUGUCCAGGAGUUCCAUGGAAAGGCCUUCAGAACAUUGAUCCUGAGGCUGACCCCAACAUGACCCCAGGAAGCGUUUCCAGUGGCCCUACCAUCAACACCACCAUUCAGGAUGUCAACCGCUACCUGCUUCGGGACCGAAAUGGAGGGAAGCUUCUGGACAUGAAGUCUACCUGGUCUGCAGGUCCUGUCUCUCACACGCAGGCCUCGCUGUCCCACGAGCUCUGGAAGGUUCCUUCAGGAGGCCGGACCUCCAUGGCGCCGUCCCGCCCCCCACCAGGCCUCACCAACACCAAGCCCUCCCCCAGCUGGGCCUCUGGGUCCCUGGGCCUCGGCCAAGGCUGGAGCACCUCCUACUCCUCAGAGGGCACUGCAUGGAGCUCAGAUAGUUCCAGCAGGACUAGCAGCUGGCUUGUGCUGCGUAACCUGACACCUCAGAUCGAUGGCUCCACUCUGAGAACUCUGUGCAUGCAGCAUGGCCCUCUCAUUACGUUCCACCUGAGUCUGCCUCAGGGCAAUGCGCUGGUGCGCUACAGCUCCAAAGAGGAGGCCGCUAAGGCCCAGAAGUCCCUGCACAUGUGCGUGCUGGGUAACACUACCAUUCUGGCGGAGUUUGCUGGCGAGGAAGAGGUGACCCGUUUCUUCGCCCAGGGACAGUCCCUCCCACCAAGCAACAGCUGGCAGGGCAGCUCCACCCCAGGCUCCAGCCAGCCCCGCCUCGCCAACCCCUCAACCGCCCACCCUGCCGUCGGCCACUGGGGUGGUGCCGGCACCAAGGCGGCCGGCAACUCUGGCGGUGGUGGGGGGAGUGGCGCGGAGCUGCUGUGGGGGGGCGUGCAGCAGUACUCGAGUCUGUGGGGCCCUGCCAAUGGAGAGGAGAGCAGGGUGAUGGGAAGCCCCAUCCCAAUCAACACCCUGCUGCCUGGCGACCUGCUUAGUGGUGAGGGCAUGUAGGAGCUGCCAGCUCCACCCACCACCAAAAACAGGAAAAGGAAGGAAAGAAAAUGAUGGAGUUUUAAAAAAAAAAAAAAAUGGAGCAAAAAACAAACAAAAAACACACACACAAAAAAAAUGAAUGUGACGAUAAUCACUGUCCAUAGAGCUGUAAAAAAAAAAAAAGGGGGGGGGGUUUGCAUUUGGGGUGAGAUGAGGACACUUGCCUCCCCCCUGCUGUUCAGUUUGUCUUUGGGAAACUGGAGACGUUUAGUGCGUCUGAGAGUAUAGUGUUUGACAGAAAUGGAAGCCUUUGAUGGUUUUCAUUCAUUUUUUACUCCCUUUGUGAUCCACUAUUUUUUUAUUUUUGUUUGUUUGUUUAGACCCAAGAAGGUUUUUUGUUUAGGAGAAGCAGAAGAGCAGGCGGGCAUUGUAAACGCAGACGCGUGGGAACCUCACAGGGCCUGCGAUCCCAUGGCCCACGACAUCACCCAGCACUCAGCCUGCCUUUUUACUUAUUUUCAUUUGUGUGGUUUCUUCAGAACUUCUAUUAGCCUUAAGUGCGCCCACUGUCCGUCUUCAUUUCUCGCCUUUCCAGGUCAUUUUUGAACAUUUUAUUUUACAAAAACUAAAGAAAUUUUUGUAACUUGCACACUUCUGUUUCUGAGCCAACAAUUGGGCCAGAGCAAGCCAGAAGAACAACAUUAUACAGCAGCACGUGGCCUGACUGCUAGACCAAUCACCAGUGAGCUUUUGCUUCUUUUUUUUUUUUUUUUUUUUCCUGGAGUUACAAAAAAAAAAAAAAUGGAGGUACACUGACUCAUUCGUUGUCUGUAUAUCCAAGCUGCGUCUGUGUAUGUAUUUUUAAAAAUAAGAUGAAUGUUCGAGUGAAAGUGAGUGAGUGUAUAUUUACGGUUACUUGACCAAGCAUCUGUCUGUGAACUCACAAGCCUCUGUUUCAAAAACCCUCAGUGGAAGCAUUUCCGUACUAAAGGGGUUUCAAUGCUGAAUCAAACUAAACUUCAUUUAAUCCUCUGUAUGUAGUUGGACAUUUUUCUGGAGAAAGAUGGAUACAGGAAGGGGAAAAAAAAUUGUCCAAGUGAUGCAUCGUGCAAUAUAAGCAUAAGCCGCCAUCUUCCACCCACACUGAAGCAACCCCAAGCUUGCUUUCUUUACUUCUGUGCGAUUUUGAUAAACCUGAACCGUGUCAUUUAUCUGAGACUGGGCAAGCUACAGAGACAUUACUUAGAAACUUCUUCGCCUCGUUGCCUGGAAGCUGGGCUCUCUCUGGAGGGGCAGAAAUGCACUGAACUGUACGUCAGGUCUGGGUGUGUCAGACUAGCGUGCAGCAGGGCACCCACAACUCCAUGCACACAUGCUUCGACCGGAGAGCAGAACUUGCGGAGCGAGGCGGAACCUUGGGAUUCAGGCACAACACCAAAAUAAAACUUUUCUCCUAAUGCAGUAAAAAAAAUUAAAAAUAAGAGGGAUUCUUGCAUUUGGUACAAACAGGAAAAAACAGUUUUCUAAUCUUGUGGGGGCAUUUAAUAUAGCACUUAUGAACAGACCAGCGCUCCACCUGCAAUGCCAAUUAACCGAACUAUGGAGCGAGUAUUUAUAAUAAAAAAAAAUGUAAAAAAAGAUUAAAAAACUUUUUUUUUUUUUUUUUUUUUUU